CGUCAAAACAAGAAGUCCAAAAUUCAGACUCUCUCUCUCUCUCUCUCUCUCUCUCUCUCUCUCUAUUCCUAUUGCUGGGUUCUAUACCUGCAUUUUGCGCGGCCAUGGUCUAGGGUUUCUGAUCAACUCGCGUUGUUUAGUGCCAAAGCGCCAUGGCCUCCAAGUUCGUCUACUUCCUAUCCUUCUUCAUUUUCCGCCUCCAUUUCGCUCUCGCAGGACAGACGAACUUGAUGGAGUCAGUUCCAGAUCUGCACAAUUCUAUGUACAAGGUUCUUGAUGGAUAUCCUUGUGUAAGGCUACUCAAUCUCUCUGGGGAAAUUGGUUGCUCAAAUCCUGGACGGGAGAAGGUUCUGGCUCCCAUUAUAAGAUUCAAAAAUGCUAAUGAGUUGUCUCAGUCAUCUGCAAUUUUGCUGUCAAUGGGUGAAUUUCAAAAUUUUUUUAAAAGAAUAUCGAAUGAUUCAACUUUCGCUAGAAAUGUUGGCGGUGUUUUAGUUGAAUCAGGUGCCGAACCCCAAAAUAUGCUGAAAGAAUUUUCUCCAGCUCGUAAGUUUCCACAAGCAGAAUUUUCUCCAUACAGAAGCACUAACUACAAGUGGAAUCCAAUUGGAUCUGGUAUAAUGUGGAAUGCAUAUAAUUUUCCUGUAUUCCUACUCUCUGAGAGUGGCACAUUGACCCUGCAAGAGGAGGUUGUUAGAAAUGAGAAAAGCAAGAAAUCCUAUACCUCUGUUGUGGCCGAAUUUGAUCUGGUGAUGCAGACAAUGAAAGCUGGUACUCAUGAUUCAGAAUCUUGCUUGAAAGAAGAGACUUGCCUUCCAUUAGGUGGAUACAGUGUAUGGUCAUCACUUCGACCAAUUAAUAUUUCAUCCUCAGACCAUUCAAAGCCAAUUAUUUUGACGAUGGCAUCAAUGGAUUCAGCUUCAUUCUUCCGGGAUAAAAGCCUUGGAGCAGAGUCCCCAAUAUCUGGGCUAAUUGCAUUGAUGGCAGCAGUUGAUGCACUUUCGCAUGUGGAUGGUUUGGAUAAGCUUAGCAAACAGCUUGUUUUUCUUGUUUCAACUGGGGAGGCAUGGGGUUACCUUGGUAGCAGGAGAUUUUUGCUCGAACUUGAUCUACAGUCUGAUGCUGUUAGGGGCCUUAAUAGCUCAUUGUUUGAGAUGGUUGUGGAAGUUGGAUCAGUUGGGAAGGGCUUCAACCAAGGCAUUCAAAACUUUUAUGCUCACAGUACAGGGGUUUCAUCUGCUCUAAACAAAACGUUGGACGCAUUGAAGCGUGCUCAAGAUUCCCUCAAAUCUGACAAUGUAACAAUUUCGUCAGCAAGUGCUUCAAAUCCUGGGAUACCUCCAUCUUCCUUGAUGGCAUUUCUGAAAAAGAACUCUCUAACCUCGGGGAUUGUAUUAGAAGAUUUUGAUACUGUCUUCUCCAACAAGUUCUACCAUAGUCACCUGGAUGAAUUAUCAAAUGUAAACUCUUCAUCCAUUGUGGCAGCUGCUUCCCUUAUAGCUCGCACACUUUACACCCUUGCAAGUGAUACUAAAGACCUAAGCAGCUCAUCUCUCACUGCUAUUAAAGUGAAUGUUUCUUUGGUUGAAGAACUUAUGGGUUGUCUAUUGCGCUGUGAUCCUGGUCUCUCUUGUGAGCUGGUGAAAAAAUAUAUUUCACCCACCGAUACCUGCCCAAGCCAUUAUGUUGGUGUUAUCAUUGAUGAACCAACCUCCACGCCUUAUCCUCCUUAUGUUGGUGAUGUUUCAAGGUUUCUGUGGAAUUUUCUAGCAGACAGAACAUCUAUUCCAAGGGAGAAUACUAGUCCUGUAUGUUCAGAAGAUUGCAGCAGCAAAGGUGGAGUGUGCAUUGGUGCAGAAACAGAUGGAAAAGGAGUUUGUGUUGUAUCCACAACCAGAUAUGUUCCUGCAUACUCAACAAGGUUGAAAUUUGAAUCUGGAACUUGGACUGUAUUGCCUCCAAAUUCCUCCGAGCCUAUAGGAAUAUUGGAUCCCAUCUGGACAGAAAGCAAUUGGAAUGUUAUUGGCCUUCGGGUGUACACCAUACAGAGUGCUGCUUAUGACCGUCUUGUUUUGCUUGGGGGUAUUUCCAUUACAAUUUUGGCUUAUCUUGCAAUACUAAUUACCAAAUCCAUCAUCACAAAGGCAAUGAAGCAAGAUUGAAACACUCAUCUCCUUUAUGAAGAACACUCAUACUUCACUCAUCUCCUUUAUGAAGAACACUCAUAGUUGAAGUGUCAGAAUACAAGAAUUGAUAGAUUUGAUCUAACUCGUUAGCAUUUUGGAAUUUCUGCAGGUGUAUUUGCUUUGUUUAAUCUGUGCAUCCUGCAUCCUUGUGCAUUUUGAUUUUUAUAGGGUAUUGAUCUUGCUAAAAGUCUGUAUUAUGAUGUCACUGAAUUUUAUUUUUUUUGCGAAUAUGUAUAGGGCAUUUUCUCAGUUCAAUUCCAAACUAAAUUGAACAAUCCAAAAUCCAAAUUUGAGAGGCUAUUCUGCAAA